AAAUCUCUACUCUCAUUUCUCACCUAACAAACAAAAUCUCUCAUUUUCUGUUUUUUGUAAAAUUCUUCAAUUUAAUUGAAUGACGGACUAUAGAUUAUGGAGUAAUAGCAAUACUACUAAUACAUGUGAUGAUAAUAUGAUGAUGGAUUCUUUUUUAUCUUCCGAUCCAUCCUCUUUUUGGCCUGCUUCCACUCCCAAUCGUCCGACUCCGGUGAACGGAGUCGGAGAAACGAUGCCGUUUUUCAAUCAAGAGUCACUACAGCAAAGGCUUCAGGCUUUAAUUGACGGUGCUCGUGAAUCAUGGGCAUAUGCUAUUUUCUGGCAAUCGUCAGUUGUUGAUUUUGCGAGCCAAACUGUAUUGGGUUGGGGAGAUGGGUAUUAUAAAGGAGAAGAAGAUAAGAACAAGCGGAGAGGGUCGUCUAGUUCAGCAGCUAAUUUUGUUGCUGAGCAAGAGCAUAGAAAGAAGGUGCUUCGGGAGCUGAAUUCAUUAAUUUCCGGUGUACAAGCUUCCGCCGGAAACGGAACUGAUGAUGCAGUGGAUGAGGAAGUGACGGAUACUGAAUGGUUUUUUCUGAUUUCAAUGACCCAGUCGUUUGUUAACGGUAACGGGCUUCCGGGCUUGGCGAUGUACAGUUCAAGCCCAAUUUGGGUUACUGGAACAGAGAAAUUAGCUGCUUCUCAAUGUGAACGGGCCAGGCAAGCCCAAGGUUUCGGGCUUCAGACGAUUGUGUGUAUUCCUUCAGCUAACGGUGUAGUGGAGCUUGGUUCGACUGAGCUGAUAUUCCAAAGCUCGGAUUUGAUGAACAAGGUUAAGUACUUGUUUAACUUCAAUAUUGAUAUGGGGUCUGUUACAGGCUCAGGUUCGGGCUCAGGCUCUUGUGCUGUGCAUCCUGAGCCCGAUCCUUCAGCCCUUUGGCUUACGGAUCCAUCUUCCUCAGUUGUGGAACCUAAGGAUUCGUUAAUUAAUAGUAGUAGUAGGGAUGUGCAACUUGUGUAUGGAAAUGAGAAUUCUGAAAAUCAGCAGCAGCAGCAUUGUCAAGGAUUUUUCACAAAGGAGUUGAAUUUUUCGGGUUAUGGAUUUGAUGGAAGUAGUAAUAGGAAUAAAAAUGGAAUUUCUUGUAAGCCGGAGUCCAGGGAGAUAUUGAAUUUUGGUGAUAGUAGUAAGAGAUUUUCAGGGCAAUCACAGUUGGGGCCUGGGCCUGGGCUCAUGGAGGAGAACAAGAACAAGAAAAGGUCACUUGGAUCAAGGGGAAACAAUGAAGAAGGAAUGCUUUCGUUUGUUUCGGGUGUGAUCUUGCCAACUUCAACUAUGGGGAAGUCCGGGGAUUCAGAUCACUCAGAUCUCGAAGCCUCAGUGGUGAAGGAGGCCGUUGUAGAACCUGAAAAGAAGCCGAGGAAGCGAGGGAGGAAACCAGCCAAUGGAAGGGAGGAGCCACUGAAUCACGUGGAAGCGGAGAGACAGAGGAGGGAGAAAUUGAAUCAAAGAUUCUACGCGCUCAGAGCCGUAGUCCCAAAUGUGUCUAAAAUGGAUAAGGCAUCACUUCUUGGAGAUGCAAUUGCAUACAUCAAUGAGUUGAAAUCAAAAGUUCAAAAUUCAGAUUUAGAUAAAGAGGAGUUGAGGAGCCAAAUUGAAUGCUUAAGGAAGGAAUUAACCAACAAGGGAUCAUCAAACUAUUCCGCCUCCCCUCCAUUGAGUCAAGACGUCAAGAUUGUCGAUAUGGACAUUGACGUUAAGGUGAUUGGAUGGGAUGCUAUGAUUCGUAUACAAUGUAGUAAAAAGAACCAUCCAGCUGCGAGGCUAAUGGCAGCCCUCAAGGACUUGGACCUAGACGUGCACCACGCUAGUGUUUCCGUUGUGAAUGAUUUGAUGAUCCAACAAGCCACAGUCAAAAUGGGGAGCCGGCUUUAUGCUCAAGAGCAGCUUAGGAUAGCAUUGACAUCAAAAAUUGCUGAAUCGCGAUGAAAUUAUGUCCCUAGUGAGCUAUGUCUUCUAAUGAGCGAGAAUUUUCUUCUCUGUAUAUAAAUGUGAUGAAACCAAUACUAGAGAUCUCGAGUUGAGGCUUUUUAGUUCACGUAAGAUUAGAUAUAUAUAUAUAUAUGAUGCAGCUUCAUCCUUUUGUAUUCUUCAUCCAGGAAAUAAAUGAGAAACCAAUAAUUGGUGGCUGAUGAUCAA